CUUGCAUUGAGAAAUCAAAAUCAGUUAUGAUUGAAGUAAUUCCUGCUUGUCCAAAAGAAUUGCAAACCUGGGUUUCGCCAUGUCCACUCACUCCAAUGCAUGAAGAUUUAUUGAGAAAGCUUCCCUAUCUCAAAACUUUGAGUUGUGGAGUCUCAAGUUCUGAAGGCUUUCCUGAAAUUGACUUUCUCCAUCAUCUUGAAAAUCUUGAGUUAUCCGGUGGUGCUUAUGAAAGUUUUCCACUCCGCAAGUUGCCAUCAACUAUUAAGGAAAUACAUUUAUCUUAUAUUACUCUUUCGGUGUAUGCAAUUUCAACAAUUGCACAACUUCCCAAUCUUGAGAGUGUAAUACUAUUUGAAUGCAAGUUUGAGGAGGGCUUAAUAUGGAAUGUGAGGGAGGAAACCAAAUUCCCCAAACUCAAAACCCUCCAAUUACUUGAUGUUGAUAUUCAAAUUUGGAAUAUUAGUUAUGCUGCUGAGUCCUUUCCUUGCCUUGAGCAAUUACUUUUGGAAUUCUGUCGCAACUUACGACUAAUGCCUUCUAGUUUUGAUGAUGUUUUUACAUUGAAUAAGAUCGUUGUGCAAUAUUGCAAUCCCACUGUUGAAAGUUGGGUGAAGAAUAUUGAGGAAUCUGCACGGGAUAUAGGAAACAAGCAACUCAAUGUCAAGAUAUUCGAAUGGUAGAGCCAUCUAGGAUCAACUCUGAGCAUGAGUCGAACUCUGUGAAUGAGACUUGGAAUAAAUUCAAAUUAGUUGUACGUGUCAGGAUGAGGAAAUUUGAUGACAUGUGCGCUAAAAUAAAAAGAGGCGAAAGAAGGAGGAGAAAGAGGCCAAGAGUAUGACCAAAGUGAUUCAUAAAAUAAUCACAACUUGAUAUUACUUUUAUGGUUUAAAUUUGAAUAAUAAUAUUAAUAUUUCUCUAUUGUACUGUAACUCUUUUAUUUAUAUUUACUCUGUAAACGCAUUCUAUUAGAAUAUAAUACUUAGAAUCCUUCUGCUGAAA